AUUUCUAUUUGUUUAAAUUUUAAUUAUUCAAAAUGCCAGUUGAUCAAAUACAAUAUUCCGAAAAAUAUAACGACGAUAAAUACGAAUAUAGGCAUGUGAUUCUACCACCUGAUUUAGCAAAACACGUUCCAAAAACGCAUCUUAUGUCAGAAACAGAAUGGAGAAACUUAGGAGUACAGCAAAGCCCAGGCUGGGUACAUUACAUGAUGCACGUACCAGAGCCACAUGUACUACUGUUUCGUAGACCAAGGACUGAUCUAGUUGCAAGAAGUACAAAUUUUCAAAGAGUAUACUGUGCUUAGACAUAUUUUCUAGAGGUUUUGAAAUUUAUUUAACAGUAGGUGAAAAUGUAAAUAUAAUGACAGAACUUAGCACAAUUGUAAUAUAAAGAACAUAAUACACCAUUUAUCAUGCUCAUGCUUUUCCCAAGAGUGUUACACUGUUCUAAUGGAUUAUUUUUUCCAAUCGAAAGUGUAACACUAGAGGAAACAUACCACACGCAAAAAUAAAUCUAAGUAUUAUAGAAAAACCAUAAAAUUAUGUCCACUUAUGUAUUCACUACCGAACGUGACAAGAUCAUACACUAAGAUGUAAGAUUGAUCGGAAGAACAUUGAAGCUAAGAUUACACAUCACGCACCUGAGUUUGCUUAUCAGACUCUUAUCUUCUUAGGUGUCAAACAUAUUCUUACGAUUAAAAAAUACGUAGGAACUAUUGUAGCUUCAAUGUUCUGCAUAAUAUUACUUAGAGUUUAAUGAUCAUCAAAUUAAGUAAAAUAUGUAAAAUGCAAAAUACUCUGAUGACAGGACUUCUGAAUUUGUAGACGAUUUCCUAUACCGAAUUAUAGACCGUAUUCAAGUUACUGAUGUUUCUACAGAAGACUUAUGUGUAUAUUAAAUAAAAAUUGUGAUUUCUUUAGAGAGACUAGAAACUUUCA